AUGAAGUUCACACUCGUCACAUUCAUUGCCAUCGUCGGCGCCGCGUCCGCCAUCAGCGUCGACGCCGGCCUCGUCAAGAGACAGUGCAUCGCCAAAGGAGGCUUCUGCUUCACCAGCAUCGCCGACACAAAGAAGCCCUGCUGCGGCGGGCUCGUCUGCAACAACAAGCCCCAGCCCAACACCAACAUCUGCGAGCCGGAGCCGAGCCCCUCGUCGACGGCCAAGCGCGCCCGCGAGGAGCUCCAGAAGAGGGCCGAGGCGCCGGCGGCCCCCCAGCCGCGGGGGAUGCCUCAGAUUCCCGACAACGAGCCGAGAUGGGGUUGA